AUGCGCAGGAGAGGUCGGGCUGCCUGUGGAGCUGCCCCGUUGCUUCUCGUUCUGUGCGGGGUGUUCAGGGCGACCUGCGGCGGCAAGUCUCUGCCAGCCUUCAACGAUGACAUUCCCUUCCGGCUCAGCUGGCCCGGGCCGGACUUCUCCCUGGUCAGUGAGGGAGCGGGGGGGGGACAGGGGAGUAAGUGGUUAUGGUGGCAGGGGAGUAAGUGGUUAUGGUGGCAGGGGAGUGGUUAUGGUGGCAGGGGAGUGGUUAUGGUGGCAGGGGAGUAAGUGGUUAUGGUGUCUGUAACUAGCAGUAGAUGUUAGUGAGUUUAUGUGGGGUUAAUGGUGACAUGUGACAUUUUAGGGUUAGUCAGGGUGUAAUUAUCAGGGACAACGCAGACUGAUCACCGGGGAGCAGUGGGGUCUGGCUGCACUGGAAGAAAUGGGGAGAUACAGGGUCUGGCAGUGACAUGGGGUAAUGGGGAGAUACAGGGUCUGGCAGUGACAUGGGGUAAUGGGGAGAUACAGGGUCUGGCAGUGACAUGGGGUAAUGGGGAGAUACAGGGUCUGCCAGUGACAUGGGGUAAUGGGGAGAUACAGGGUCUGGCAGUGACAUGGGGUAAUGGGGAGAUACAGGGUCUAGCAGUGACAUAGAGGUAAUAGGGAGAUACAGAGGUCUCUGGCAGUGACAUGGGGUAAUGAGGUACAGGGAUGGCAGGCAUGAGUGUGGGGGUGAGACCCUGCUUGGCAGUGACAUAGGGAGAUACAGGGUCUAGCAGUGACAUGGGAGUAUUUACAGGGUCUGGCAGUGAGAUGGGGUGUUGCAGGGUGUGGUAGUGACAUGGGGUGUUGCAGGGUCUGGCAGUGACAUGGGGAGAUACAGGGUCUGGCAGUGACAUGGGGUGUUGCAGGGUCUGGCAGUGACAUGGGGUGUUGCAGGGUCUGGCAGUGACAUGGGGUGUUGCAGGGUCUGGCAGUGACAUGGGGUGUUGCAGGGUCUGGCAGUGACAUGGGGUGUUGCAGGGUCUGGCAGUGACAUGGGGUAAUGGGGUGUUGCAGGGUCUGGCAGUGACAUGGGGUAAUGGGGUGUUGCAGGGUCUGGCAGUGACAUGGGGUAAUGGGGUGUUGCAGGGUCUGGCAGUGACAUGGGGUAAUGGGGUGUUGCAGGGUCUGGCAGUGACAUGGGGUAAUGGGGUGUUGCAGGGUCUGGCAGUGACAUGGGCUAAUAGGGAGCUGAAGGGAUAUUACAGUGACAUGGGUUAGUUGGGAGCUGCAGGGGUAUUGCAGUGACAUGCGUUAAUGGUUAGCUGCAGGGUUUAGCAAUGACAUGGGUUAAUGGGGAGAUGCAGGGUCUGGCAUGGAAUGGAUUAAUAUAGAGCUGCAGGAGUCCAUGGGUUAAUCGGGAGGUGCAGGGUUUGGUAGUGACAUGGGUUAAUGGGGAGUUGCAGCAUCUGGUAGUGACAUGAGAUCAUGUGGGUCUGCAGGAUCCAUCCGUGGUGUAGGAAGCGGGGACUUGCAGGUUUCAGCCAUGAGUUGGGCAGAGGGAACCACAGGGCAUAGCAAGGGCAAGUUAGCAGAAUGGGUGUUUAUCCCUCAGGUGUGCAAAUGGAGCUCCACCUUUAUGGUAGUCAAAUUGGGAGCUGCGAGGUCCAGACAUGAAGUGGGAAAAUGGAGAGCUGAAGGCUAUGAGGAGGUCCGAAACAUAUUGGAUCUUAAAGGAACAUUCCACACAUAUUUAGAACGUUAGCUUAUUAAAGUGCUUUAGUGUGUUCAUUUUUUUCAUGUUUUCAUGUUAAGCGCAAAUGCAGGAAAUCAUAGAAAUCAUCAGGUUUAUAAACCUUGUUACACGUCCCCGGCUGUCAAUCACACAGACAGCCCUGUUACUUACUGGAAGUUUAGCUCAAUGGAGAUGAAUUCAAGAGACAGAAAACCCAGAGCACAUGUAGCUAUAGCAAGCCCAGAUGUCCUAUAACCCCGAGGUAUAUCUGUAUAAUGGUAUUUAUUUAUAAAGUAUUCAUUUUAUAAGCAAGUACCAGUAAAUCGGUUGUAGGCCAAAAUGGUUGAUUUGAUUGAAUAACACAUUAACACACCGUGUUAAAUUAUAUCUGAGAUCUUUCAAUUACACAAAAAGUAAAUCAAGUGAUAUGACACAAUGAUUAACAGCAAAUUAUUUCACAUACCCUGUGUUUAAUUAAACGGUAUAACUCAAUAUUCAGGUCCCAAUGUAAACUAUGAAUUUCUUUGUCUGUUUAAAAGUUAAGCCUUCCCUGUCUGACAUGUCAUUGUAUUGGCUUUGUUUGUAGCGUUCAGUUACACACACUAGUUGUUUUCUGAUUGAAUUCAAUUUUUCGCAGUCAGUUGUUUUGUGAAUGUUGAAAGAAUCUCAACAAUGUACAAGCUGUGGAAUGUAUACAGAAUCUGUGCUAGUACAGCACGAACCAGUUUCUGAAAAGACGGAAAUGCAGUAUCCAUUGGUUUUCAAAAGCCUUCUGAAAAUGUACUAAAACACUUUGUAUUCUCUGCUUUUACUUUAUAACAGCCUACUACAGGCAUACCAUACAAAGACGAUGACUACAUCAUUAUGACCACGGCAGAUAAAGAAACAUAUAAGUGCAUGCUUCCAUUAAUGUCAAGCAAUGAUCAGGUAAUAUUACAAAUUGCAUUGUUAAAGCUGCUUGUUAGAAUGCUGCUCAGUGUGUUAUGUAGUAGUUGUCCAGUUAGAAUUUUAUUGGAAGAUAUUUUGCAUUUCAUCUAAUAAUUAGUUCAGAGUGCCUUGGAACGCUAGAUUAAAGGAGCACUAUAGGGUCAGGAAUACAGACAUGGGGGUUAAAACCACCAUCUAGCCACUCUGGUCCCCUCUUGUCUCCCUAAAAAUCGUAAAAUCUUACUUGUAUUCAAGUCUGGAGCUGUCGGCUUUGUCCCUGUUUCCUGUAGACCUGCCUGCUGACACCAGCAGAAGUGGUAGUCUGAUCCAAUCACAAUGCUUCCACAUAGGGCUGGCUGAGACUGACAAAGAGGCAGAGCCAGCACAAUUUAAACACAGCCCUGGCCAAUCAGCAGCUCCUCAUAGAGAUGAAUUGAAUCAAUGAAUCUCUAUGAGGAAGGUUCAGUGUCUGCAUGCAGAGGGAGGAGACACUGAAUGUUUGGAGCAUGUUAGACAGCCAUGACCCAGGAAGGAUCUCUAACAGCUAUCUGAGGAGUAGCCAGUGAAGUUAUCACUAGGCUGUAAUGUAAACACUGCAUUUUCUCUGAAAAGACACUUUGCUGUUUACAGCAAAAAGCCUGAAGGUAGUGAUUCUACUCACCAGAACAAAUGCAAUAAGCUGUAGUUGUUCUGGUGACUAUAGCGUCCCUUUAAUAAAAAAAUUAUAAAAAAAUGUACAAACUUUAUUUUAUUGAAAGUAAAUAUUUUUUUCGUUAAACAAACAAAAUGCAUGAAAUGAGCAGUCUGUUUAAGAUCUAUUACACUUUUCUCCGUUGCCCUAACUUAUUACACUAUGAAGCAUGAUCAGUGAUCACAUUUGAUAACCAUCAUUUUUUUGUAAUUGAUAGCUGAGAUUUUAACCAGGUCCUCUCUACCAAUUGUCGUAUGCAUCAGAAAAUAUAGUAGAGCUGAAAGUUGUCAGCUUUAAACACAUGUUAGUGGAUGAAGUUCUGUCUCCGUUUUUUGUUCUGUUAUUUUAUUUAUUUAAAUGAGAAAUCUGCAAAUAUUUAUGGGAAUGUGCUGGACUUCUUGUAAGUGGGAAUUCAGGUUUCAGCUAUUAUGCAUUGAGUUUUGCAUCAUUUUAUUUUGCUUUAAGAAUGCAUGGAAAAUAAAUCAGAUUAAUCUUUCAUGGGUUUUUGUGACACAUAAAUUUUUUUAUUCAUUAUAUUUAUUGUUUUUUUAUUUAUUUUAUUUAUUGUUUUACUUUACAGGAAGAUGAACGUGACUACAAAGGUCCCACGCCAAGUGAACUUUUGGAGCCUCUUUUCAAGCAGACUAGCUGUUCAUACAGGGUACACUGUCCCUUGCUUCUUUUACCUUUUAAAACUAAAUUCUAGUUUCACUUUUCGGUUGUGAUUGGAAUCAUGUACUCGGAGCACUUUACACAGUUAAAUGUAGGUAGGGUUAAAGGAAGGGAGAUAAAUAAUAAGACAUUCAUGUACAAAGUAUUCACCUUAGCCUAUAAUUUACAUUGAGUGAAAUACAUUUAUAAUUUGGGACUAUCAAAAAAUAUACAGUGUGGUUACUGCAAGUUGUUUGUAUAUAGAUCUAAACCUUACCUUGUGUCACUUUACCCUACUUCCCUUAGAAUGUAAGCUUGUUUGGCAGUGCCCUCAGCGUCCUCUGUUCCUGUACAUCCAACUUGUCUUGGUUCAAAUACUUGUUUGUUAGUCCCCCUAUUGGACAGCGCUUUGGAAUUUGUUUGCACUUUAUAAAUAAUUCUAAUAUACAGUGUGUGAAUAAAGGAGGGAUUUUUAAUGUUCGGGUUGUUAGUGUUGAACUUUUACAUUUUUUGCUUUAAAAUAGUCAUCUCUCUUUAAUUUUUAGAUAGAGUCUUACUGGACCUACGAGGUUUGCCAUGGAAAACACAUUCGUCAGUACCAUGAGGAUAAAGAAGCUGGGCAGGUAUGUUCCCUUUAUUUCAUUUUUAAUAUUUGUUGUAGGGGAGGUUGAGCGAAAAGUUAGCAGAGGAAAAAUUAAAGUUGAUCUUUAGAGAAUUUAAGGGGCAUAAUUAAAAAUACUGUGUAGGUUGUGAAAAUUAAGAAAUUGUUAAGCCUAUUAGCAGGUAAUUAGAGACUCCUAUGUAAAACCUUGCAAAACCCAUAUGCAUGCAUUGUCGCUGCGCAUGCACAUUAGGUUACCCAAUCAGCUGAUGUCACAGCAGUUAUUUUGAAAGCCUGGUUUAACAUAUUAUACAACACAGAGCCAACAUUUAUCACCAUUUAGUGCACUAUCUCUUUCCCUGUUUCUAGAAAGUAAAUAUUCAAGAGUAUUAUCUUGGGAAUAUGAUUAAGAAGAGCUCACUAGAAACAGGUAAGUUACGUUCCCCAAUUUUUCUUAUGGUUGAUUUUAGUUUUUUCAUAUUAAAGCGUGCCUGUUGUGAUACACACAAGUGUAUUUAUUCUAAACAUUAAUUAAAUUUUCAAAGAUUCCAAAAAGUGCUUUGGCGUUUGGGUAAUAAGUUCUUGAUAAGUAUAGCUGCAUACAUUUUGUUGGUUUUGGAAUACUUCUUUUAGUCAGUUAAUUUUUUUUAUCUAUACUUUACCAUAGCAGAAUUCAUAGCAAAUGUAUAGAUUGAGAAACAAAAAUAGGUCCCUCCCUAUCUGACAAUCGAUUCUUCAGUAUAGUCUUUGUAGACCUCUAUGCCCAAGAGUUUACAGACAAGGAGAGCAGGAGAACACUCCCACAGGCUACACGACAUGUAUUUCUUGUUGCUAUGGUUAAUCACUAGCAGUUGCAUCUAACAAUGACUAGAGAAGUAUAGGAAUAGAGUGAAUGAUGUCACUCCUUUCAGACGCCUUAACACUCAACAAAAAACAGCGUAUUCGUGACAAAAAGUAAACAGAAGGCAAACAUCACAGUUGUGCAACAACCUCAGAGCAUCAGAAAUGGUGUGGGGGAGAGGUGAAUUCAGUUACAGGGACACUGUAGACAUUGCAAAUGCUUCAUCUCGUUGAAGUGGUUACAGUGUCUUGGUACCGUCCCUUGUUUAGGUCUUUAACAGCUUUAAUGGGACAGUGAACUGCACAAAUACAAAAAAGAAAAAAACUAAAAUCACUAUUUAGUUGAUAUACCCCAUUGAAAACCUAUUUGUGAUGCUUGGACUGAUGAGGAAGCAGCUGAGCAGUAAUUGGUGGAGGUGAUUGGUGAUGGCAGUCACCCACUGCUGACAUGAAUUGGUAUUACUAAGGAAGAGUGUAACUUAGCCAAACGGCGUGUGGGCCAGGCUGUGGUUUUCCAGGGGCCAUUAUUCAAUGUUAAACUGCUUGAAAAUGGAUUCAUAAUGAAUUAGGGGACCGUGCCAGGGGACUCCAAGUACUAUAACUAAUCCAGUGAGAUGAAAUAGCUAUAGUGCCUACAGCAGAGUACAGAAUAUUUGAUAGAGUUCUAACCUCAACAUAUGAGGAAAGGGAUUUAGGGGUGAUUAUUUCUGAUGACUUAAAGGUAGGCAGACAAUGUAAUAGAGCAGCAGGAAAUGCUAGCAGAAUGCUUGGUUGUAUAGGGAGAGGUAUUAGCAAGGAAAGAGGGAAGUGUUAUAUUUUAUAAUGAUGUACCUGAAUGUACCUGGAUGCAAGUGUAGUAAAGCUGCUAUAGAUCUUACUGAAAUUAAACUUCCUCUCCUUCCACCUUUAAGUGUAAAAAAAUAAAAAUAAAUACAUAACCCCAUAAGCACCAAUUCUAUGUAAUGAAAACAAUCUGGCUUUUGGAAUAAGUAUCCUAUUCCAAAGUGGACUCCUCUAUUUGGUUAACAGCUCUUUUCUAAGCUGCUGAAUAUGCAGCAAAGUAUAUCCUGGAUCAGAGUGUGAUCUCUUCUUCUCUCAGUCAGUUUAGCCUAGCCCACUCUAUACCGAUCCACCAUGAGAUAAGAAAGUUGGGCACUUCAAGUCUCACCAAAACCCUCCUCUAGGCAUCAUUCUUGCGCACACACACACACACACACAAGGGUUAAAAACACUUACCUUAAUUCUAGCACUGAUGACCCUUGGCGCUGGAUCAGUUUCCUUCUUCAGCAACUUCCCAAAUGGAGAGGUCAUUGUACACACCGUUAGAAGGGGAAUACUUCCGCCAGGGUGCUCAAGACAGCGAGGGUCAGCUUUCCAAAAGAAUCCAGUAGUGAGAAAUAUAAAUAUCUGGACACAUCUGAUGGCGUCAUGCCGAUGUAUGGCCAUGCAUGCAUUAGAGCUUCCCCAUAGGAAAGCAUGGAAUCCUGUGCAUUCCUAUGGGGGUUUUGAAGAGUUAAACUCGGUGAGAAGUCAGGAAGUGCCUCUAAAGGAAGUCUUAACACUAAAAAUACACUUAAUCGUAUUACAUAAGUCAAGCCAGAUGGUUAGAAAACUGCAAACCCAUAUCUGUAAUGACGCAUUCACUUUAAACGUCCUGCAAACUAUGGGCAGCAUUCAGAGCUUGACCAUUCCUAUUUCAGCAUUGCUACCAUCAAUCUUUGAAACAUAUGCAAAAUAGAUUAAAUAUCAAGCUCUUAUGGGUCCAUUUCUUCAUGACAGAUUCCUACCAAAAACAUUGAAGGACAAAUGACUCCAUACUUUCCUGUCGAGAUGGGGAAUGGAACCCCGUGUGUCUUGAAACUGAACCAGCCGAGAAGUAGCACAGUCAUGUAUAUAUGUCAUCCUGAUGCUAAACAUGAGAUCCUGUCUCUAGCUGAAGUAACCACUUGUGAAUAUGAAAUUGUUAUACUUACACCUCUUAUCUGCAAUCAUCCUAAGUACAGGUGAGGUUUGUUUUAGAAAGACUCCUGUCUUUACAAUUCUUUAUUUCAGUUGUUGCAUUAUAUGAUUGUUAGCCUUAUAGACAAGUAGUCUUUCUGUCUUCCUCACAGGUUUAGAACAUCACCCAUUAAUGAUAUCUUCUGCCAGGCAAUGCCAGGUUCACCUCUAAGGCCGCUGAGCCUUGAAAAGCUGGAGCAGCAGCAAGAAGUAACCAAGACGCCGUUUAAAACCAACAAGGAGGUAAUUCUCACUGUAUUAUGCCAUUCACUGUUACAGCUUACACUUUCUGUAAAAACAAUAAUUAGAAGGGAAAAGUGAGUUAUUCAUAAAUUGGUUUGUAAGAUAAAAUAUUUACAAUGCAUUGCAAUGAAAACCCAAUAGCAAAAUUUAGCAAAUUUGGUUUUCCGUUCACUGAGAAGUGAAUAAACCAUAUAGGGUUUUUAUUUGUAUGGGGAAAAAAGUGUGCCAUGAAUCUUAGCAUUUCUCUGUCAGGAGAAGAUGAGUUUACACUUUUUUUUACAUUUUUACCCAAAAGUGUCUGCAGCAAAAUAUUCCUUUUCCUCGUAUUGAGUUGGAUUGUGACAUUGUAUCAUGGGGUAAGCACUCUCUCAACUGCUGGAGAGAGCUCAUCUCUCUUAACGUGGUAAUGCUGUUAGCCCUGUGUUUUAUUAUAGCGUUUCGGUGAAGACUGAGAAUACUACUUAAAGUGGUUCUGUUUCCUUCAUGACAUGCCCACUUUACAGGUAGUUAAAGCUUAAAGUUCUCUCUCAGGGAUACUUUAAAAUAGUAUUUAAUUUGUCACAGUCUGUUCCAUAAGGACCCGGUGCUGGUAUGGAACAUCUUGCUUAUUUAGCAAUAAGAUUUGUACAGCCCUGCAGUUGUUAAAUGAGUAGAUCUUUAAAGGCUGGUUUGUUAUAAGAAUUAGUGUCCGUCACAACUCAUUCUAAUUUCCCUUUCUCAGAUCCUUAAAUUAACUGUUUGAUUGCUAGAUUAGUGACACUUAACAGAAUGUUUUGAGGAGUUAUUUUUUCACCAUUUCAUAUUCAAUGUUAUUAAAUGAAUUACAGGAGGACAGGCAGUCUUUGAGAGACAAGUUUUCCACAAUCCACAAGCCAGUCUCAGUUGGAGCUCAACAGCAAGUAACUGUCGGAACCACUCACAUAUCCAGAUUGACUGAUGAACAGCUGAUUAAGGAGUUUUUGAGUGGCUCUUAUUGUUUUCAUGGGGUAAGGAGUGAGAGCAUCUAAAAUACUACAAACUACAAUCAAUCAGCUAAUAGUGCUAGCUUAAAUCUUUGAAAUCACCAAAAUAGUCUGUAUAUUUGGGCAUUCCAGAUGAAGGUUAUCCCUCUGUGUGCCAAACCAGCCUCUUUUGGUGCAACGUUACACAUGUGUUUUGUUCUAUAAGCUAGUUGCCUGGGUGAUGGUACAUCUGUUUCUAACACUGGCUUGUUGACCUUCAAAUUCAUAAUUAUUUGAAACCAAGUGCCCUUCAAUAAGCAAAUGUAUUGCUUCUGACACACAAUAACAGUGUGAUAGGAAAUUUGUGAGUAUGUACAAAAAGCCCAAUGGAUAUGUCCCCUCGAGCGUUUCUAAAGGGUUCUAACUCAUCUGUGGCUGUACCCCAAAAUUUGCCCAGAUUACAUGAGAUAUACAUCACUUACUCCAUUUUUAUUUUUAGGGUGUCGGUUGGUGGAAGUAUGAAUUUUGCUAUGGAAAACACGUCCAUCAGUACCAUGAGGUAUGUUGAUCUGUGCAUAUACCUUCCCAACCACUAGAUGGCCUUUUUGUAGCAUCUCCUAAGAAUCUGACUCUGACUAUAUAUAAGCACAGUUUGUUUUACAAGGCAAUUUUGUAAAAAAUCUGAAAUUAAUUUUAUGUAUUAUUUAAAAUUAUGGCAUUGUGAAUAUUUAUUUUAUAUGGAUAGAUAAUGCGUGGGAGGAAAUUGUGAAUUCUCCAAUUCCGCAAUUUGGACAAAAUAGUUUGAUCAUGACCUGUAUUGUAAAACGUAGUUUGUUUAAUUUUCCUAAUUAUAUUAUUUAGCAAUUGGCCAUUGACUUAUAAAUCUGGUAUUGGUCAGACAAAUUAUUUUAAAUUUACAAAUAACAAAUACAAACAGUAUGGAUGGACAGACAAGAAAGCCAUUCCAUGCAAUGGUUCGAUUCAGCCUUAGUAACGCUCUAAGUAAUUGAUUUGACAGUUAAGUCCAUGUCUCCUUUAGGAUAAGGACACUGGAAAGACAACAGUAGUUGUGGGCAUGUGGAAACCAGAAGAACAUCUCAACUGGGCUAAGAAAAACCCUGCUAGGUUAUAUCUCCUUCCAAGCGAUGGGAAGCAAACGGUUAGGUAAUUUGAUUUCAACUUGCAACCCCCACCAACACAACUACCACCACAUUUGUUGUUUAAACUUGGACCUAGUAGGACUAUUGGCUGUAUAUAUUCCUUGUAGUUUCUCCCAGUCCAAUUGGCUGUAUGAAGGACAUGGUAUUUACCUUCCUUGUUGUACUGCCGUUUGGUAUAAGGUGAUUUGUAAAGGUGGGAGGAUAAAAAUUUAGACAUGAGUUAUUUGUGUUAACUUUUUAAAAAAAAUUUUUUUUUUUUUUUUUUUUUUUAUAGAAUGGUAUCCCAUUUCUAUGGUGGUGGAGACAUUUGUGAAUUAAACGAAAAGCCAAGGCAGGUUGUUGUCAAAUUAAAGUAAGUACAUUCUGUGUUUAAUAUGCAUAUUCUUUAACCAUAAUGAUGAGUGGGAUCGAGGCUUGGAUUUACCAUUUAUAGUUCUUUUUGUGUAUUCUAUACAAUAUACAAUUUUAAAAAGAAGAGAAACCCUUGUCUUUUGUUGUGCACUAAACAAACUGAUCCAGUAACACCAGCUUCAACCAAAAGUGACGGAGAUCCCUCUGCCAAUUCUGGUCUUCCUCUAGCUUUCUUUAUUUGAAUGAAAAACAGCUUUAGGCACUUUGUUUCCUAUGUAAACUGAUUUAUUAAACCAUUGUUACUUUUGCAGAUUGAGGGGACUUUGUGAAUUUGUAUUUUGUUGCAUCUUUCCAGGAGACAAUAUAUAGUUCUUGUUAAUUGUGGAGCUUGUGCUGCAGACUCCUCGUUGACUGUAAUAUCUAAUUGUUGCAUGUGCUUUGAUGUUUACUGUAAUAAGCCUGUAAGUUAUGUGAAAAGGCUAGACAGGGAUACUUGACAAUAGCAGGGUUAUUCUAAACUGAGAAUUGUCAGGAAAUCAGAGAAAUUGAAUUUCAAAUUUUAGACCGAAAUAGUCGAACUGAAAGCAUAGCUGUCUGGGAGAAUUAUCCCAAUUCAGAUAUAUUGUCCUUGCAAUUGUUAUUCACUUUGAAUUCCCAGCAAUUCUCGCUUUAUUAAAUAACCCUGUAGAUGUAUCUGUAAUAUGAUGUUCAGCACUGUUAAUAAUUCCAACUGAACUUGGCCAGUAUAGAGGCUAUAUUCCCAUUGUCCACCUAACGUAAUAUACACACAUGCCUUUAUUUUAAUCAUAGUGUGUAAAUAAAGUGCUGAAAGGGGAGAGAUGAUGACCAUGUCAUUUGGUAUCAUGCUUAUGUAAAUUACCACUAUAGUUGUAAGCUCUUUUGAUCAUAGUCCUCAUUAACUUGUUCUUUCUCAAACCUUUUGUAAUUGUCUCAUUUAUUUUUAAAUUUCCCUCUUUAUUAUAUUGUGAAGCACUGUGGAAUAAGUUAGUGCUAUUUAAAGGCCAAUAACAAUAAUUGUAUAAACACCAAUAAUAAUCUUUAAUGGCGGGGCAAUAAUAUGUGUACUCUUUAUUUGCCGUGUAUAAAUGGAAAUUAAAUGUGCACUAUACCUUCAAUGGCAAUUCUUCUGCCUUAGAGUUGGCUCAUUCUAUUUUCUAUACACUAUUCUAACCUAUCCUUUUUUUCAUAAACUAUUUACAUUGACAUUUUGUGUUCAUUGUUUUAGGUGCAAGGAAUCAGAUUCACCUCAUGCAGUUACUGUAUAUAUGCUUGAACCACAAACCUGUCAAUAUGUUCUUGGAGUAAGUACCAAAUUCCUACGUAUAGUCUGGAAAUCUUUUACUUAUAUUUUGAAACACUGUUUCCCAUUUUGUGGCUCUCUGCAUUUUGAAAUUUGUUAAUAUUCCCGUUUUUCCAAAGUCAGUAAUUCAGGAAGUGUUUGGGUUGAAAAAUAAUUAAGUGAUGAGAAUAUCUUAAAAAAAAAAAAAAGACUUGCAUAUUUCAUUCGAUAUUUUUUUGCUGAAAUUAAGGAAUGUUUGUUUUAUGUACUUGUAGCGAUUGGUGGACACAUUAACCCCUUAAAAGAGCACUACACUGUUAGUAAUACAAAAGUCUAAGGAUGUAAAGGGCUAUAUUCAGUGCUGACUUUCCGCACUGCAUGCAGCACAUCAAAGAGUCUGGGGAACUAAAAUUGGCCCCAGCUGACAGAGAAGAGAGCAGUUUCCUAAUGUGGGCGGGUAUUUAAAUACAUAUCUCACUCUAAGCAUUGCAUGCAGCUUACCUGUCAGUCCUGGUCCACUAAAAAUGUCCCCAGCUGACAAAGGGGAGCCCCAGGGGUCUAUUGAUAUCUGGAUUUACUGGUGUGAUCAGGGAUAUAACCAUGCUCACACUGCCUUGCUGCCUAUGGGGAUUUAAAUCCCCAUUGAAAGAGUUGCAUGCUGAUCUCACUUUGAUCUCUGCAUGCAGCUUACCUGUCAGUCUUGGUCUUCUAAAAAUGGCCCCAGGUAUCUACUAAUACAUGGGUUUCCUGGUGUAAGCACGGAUUUAACCCUGGCCACACUGCAUUGUAACAGUGAGGAUUUAAAUCCCUGAUUGCAGUGCUCACUAAAUCUGGCCUCUGUUGAUUGAGGGAAUUUAACACCACCUUGCACUUUUAAUGCAUGACCGUUUAUACAGUCACAGGGCAUUCAAGCCUUGCACUGUGUCAGACAGCCAAGCAUGACGGCAAAGCAACAUUUCGACCUGCUGAGAGGUCUUUAUCAAGCUUAAAUAAAAACCUCUAAGCGGGUCGAAACGUUGCUUUUUUAAUCCAGUAAACCUGCCUGUGGCUUGAAUUCCGUGAGUGCCUGGAGAUGUUAUCUAUUCUCUGUUACAUAUAUUCUGCGUUUGCGGGUCCUGCUUCAGUGCAUCCCGUACUAAGUGGAACUGAGUGCAGUUCCUUGUCUUUAGCUUUAAAGCAUGAGGGCAUCGACCGUCAUGUGGUCUUUAAGUAGUUAAGGGUUUCUUUUCAAGUGUCCCCUUAAAAAAGUAAUACCUGUGGCUCCCUGGUGUAAUCAGAGAUGCUCACAACAAAUCUGCAGGGUGUUUCAUGCAGACAUACAGAUAUUUAACCCCACUCUGCUUAAACUCAUAGAGCGUCUGAAAGGGGUUAAUCCGUCCUCCCUGAUUUAUAACACUUUCCCACGAAUAAGAGUUGAGAAACAGUCUCUAAACAAACUGGUUUUUUUUCUGUUUUUUUUUCUAUUUUAGGUGGAAUCUCCGGUAAUAUGUAAAAUACUGGAUACUGCAGAUGAAAACGGCCUCCUUUCAAUUCCCAAUUAACUUUCAAAAUAAGUCAAACCUACCAGCAUUUGUAAUUAAUCAGCAAGAACAAAACUGUACAAAAAUAAUGACUUGACAAGCCUCUCUGUGUAUAUGUAUGUACUUGUGUAUAUAGUGGGUAAUACAUACGAUUUUAAAUACGACAAUGCAGCUUCUGUAU